AUGGGGAACGGCGCCAAGGCUUACGCUGCGGUUGUUCUCAUCAGGCUCAUGUACUCGGGCAUGCAUGUCCUGAGCAAGGUCGCCCUAGACCAAGGCAUGAACCCCCUGGUGUUUAUGUUCUAUCGGCUAGCCAGUGCCACGCUUGUAUUGAUCCCCGCUGCUUUCGUGCUGGAGAGGCGAAAAGCUAAACUGGUGACGCUCAAAGUUGCAGGGAAGAUGUUCAUACAUGCCUUGUAUGGGGUGACAGCAUGUGGCGACCUAUUUAACCUUGGUCUCAGGUAUACGUCCGCGUCAUCAUCAUCGGCACUGUACAACGUUCAACCAGUGGUUACCUUCAUCCUCGCUGUAAUGUUUGGGAUGGAGUCCCUGAAACUGAAGAAAUUCCACGGUAAAGUGAAAAUUGCUGGCAUUCUUCUCUGCAUCGCCGGUGUCACGGUUCUGGCCUUGUACGAUGGGCCGAUGUUGGAAUCUUUCAACCAUCACCGGCUAUUUCAAGACGGCAGCAGCAGUUCCCCCGGAGGAGGUGCCCAAUAUUCCAAGAAACAAUGGGCUUUAGGAAUUUUCCUCAUGAUACUCUACAACGUUUUAGCAGGCUUAUGGACAGUGCUUCAGGGGCCACUGAUAGAGGAGACUUCCGAGCUGAUGAACACCACGGUGCAGAUCUCGUUUGCGUCGGUGCAGGCCUUCGUCGUGGCUGUUGCAUCCGAGAGAGAUUUCUCCAAGUGGAAGCUGGGCUGGGAUGUCAGCCUCGUCGCGAUAAUCUACAGCGGCGUGAUCGUCACCGCGCUUUCGUACUACAUGCAAUUUUGGACGAUCGCGAAGAGGGGGCCGGUGUUCCUCACCAUGUCUAUGCCGCUCACGAUGAUCUUCACGAUCAUCAUAUCCUCCUUCAUUCUCGGGGACGCGGUUAGCCUAGGGAGCAUCGUUGCCGGGGUGCUGCUCAUUGGAGGGCUGUACAAUGUUCUCUGGGGAAAAAACAUAGAGGAAAAAAAUGGCGCGAACAAGAUAUCUUCUGAAGAACCUAACCUAGAGCUGCAAGACAAGGAGGCUCAGGUGGCAACGAAGGCAAAGCGCCUGAGCAUGUUGUGGUACGAUCAUCGCAUGGCGCGCAAAGCACGAUAG